GCAGAAUGCCGACCGACGAGGCACUAUGAACUUUUCAAUGUCGAUUGGGGGCAUUGCGUCUUUCAUGACUUCAAUAACAGCGAUAUUCACUGGGCUACCAAUUCUAUGACAUUAGAGAUUUCGCGUAGCAUUGUUUUCAGUGGCUACACUACCAAAAUAGCACGGCCGCGGUGACCAGUUCUCGUCCACCAGUCUUAAGCAAGCCGACGUCUCUUCUAAGUACCUAGCUCUUGCUGUGUAUUUCGCUGCUGCCAUCUGGUUCUUCUCCCAACACAAUAAACCACAGCCAUGGCGACAGAUCAGCUCAAGGUCCUGGCCGGCCGCACCGACGGCGUGCAGCCUGAAGUGCCUGGCCAGCAUCUAGCCAAGAUCAAAAGCAUAGAGUACUUCCGCGUCAAGCCUCGGUGGCUCUUUGUCAAGAUCUGCGACAACCAAGGUAAUCACGGAUGGGGCGAGGCCACACUGGAGGGACACACCAAGGCGAUCGAAGGCGCCCUGGACGAGAUCAUCGACCGUAUCAUUGGGUAUGAAGCAGAUGACAUUGAACAUAUCUGGCAGACGAUAUACAGGCUAGGUUUCUAUCGAGGAGGACCAGUCUUCAUGUCCGCACUCGCCGGGAUUGACAUCGCGCUGUGGGAUUUGAAAGGACGCAAGUUGAACGUGCCCAUCUAUCAAUUGCUCGGUGGCAAAGUGCGCAACAAAGUCCAAGUGUACGCCUGGAUCGGGGGCGACCGACCCGCCGACAUCGAAGCCGCGGCCAAGGCACGGAUCGCGCAGGGUCUGAAAUGUAUCAAAAUGAAUGCCACCGAGGAUCUGGGAUGGCUCGACUCACCGUCCGUCCUGGACGCGACGAUCUCUCGGCUCAAAAUCGUCAAGGGGCUGGGGUUGGACGCCGGCCUCGACUUCCAUGGGCGUUUGCACAAGCCCAUGGCCAAGCAACUUGCCAAAGCCCUCGAACCCUACCAUCCUUUGUUCAUUGAAGAGCCAUUGUUAGUUGAACACCCUGAAGCCUUGAAACAGUUGUCCCAGUAUACGACGAUACCCAUUGCUUUUGGCGAGAGGCUGUACUCGCGCUGGGACGUCAAGCGCUUUCUGGAGGACGCAAGCGUGGAUAUCCUGCAGCCGGACAUCGCGCAUGCAGGUGGAAUUUCCGAGACGAAACGCAUGGCAAAUAUGGCGGAAACUUAUGAUGUGGCGGUUGCGCCGCAUUGUCCUUUGGGGCCUAUCGCAUUGGCGGCGUGCAUACAGGUUGAUCUUGCGAUUCCGAACUUCGUGAUUCAGGAGAUGAGUUUGGGGAUGCAUUACAAUACAGAGGCUGGGGAGGAGGAUCUGAACACGUACCUAUUGGAUAAUUCGGUUUUUGAGAUACGUGAGGGGUAUCUCCAGGCGCCGAAAGGGCCAGGCUUAGGGAUUGAGGUUGAUGAAGAGGUUGUGAGACGGAUUGCUGCGGACACGAAGCCGUGGCAGCCUAAGGAGUUUUAUGGUCCGGAUGGGAGUGUUAGGGAGUGGUAGAGAGAGCUGUAUCCUAAUAUUAGAAAAAGCUUUGAAGCGAAAAUCCAAUUGUCACACCUCUGGGAAGAGCCUUAUAACGACCGUUCCAGUCUGGUAAGAGAGAUAUGUCUCGAGGCUGCGUCGGGUUCUUCUCACUGGGAGCGAGUAUUGGGUGAGCGAUUGCGAUCCCUCAGCCUGCAACGGAAACAACGCCGUGUCCCUCCGUGGCUCGGUUGGCAUACGACCGAGUUUCGCUCGUGGGGUUGCGGAUGAUCGACAACCUCUC